AUGGAUGUUCGGUCCAGGGAACUCACGGUGACUUACAAAAUUGUCCCGCCGCCAUCUACAGUGACUCCUCCGUCCCUCUCGCAGGAGACGACUCAUAGGUUUUCUAUCACAUCUCUGCCUGACUUGGAGUCGAAGGAGGACGCUGACUCGGAGCUGAAGAGAUAUUAUGCAUCUCUGCGAGCAUCGAUUGCAGAAGCUCGCACUAAACUCGGAGAAGAGUUGACUGCUUGGAGGGAUGCAGUAGGAAAUACGGAACUUGGAAAAGAGAAGUCUGUAAAAACUGAAGCCGACGACGAAGGAGAGGAAGAGAACGCAGAGGAAUGA